GAAGAAGGAGAAGAAGAAGAAGAAGAAGAAGAAGAAGAAGAAGAAGAAGGGGAUAAAGACAGAGUUUUUAUCUUCACUGAGUCAAACAGCUGUUUCAGCUGUCAAACAAGAUCCACACAGCCAGGUGUGGUCAGACCACGCCCCCUCUGUGUAGAGCAGAUGGAUCAAAGUAACGUGGCAGGAAAUCCUGAAACCAUGCGUCCCCCUUCACAUCCUGACAACAACAAGGAGACGCGACAAACAGCCAAGAAAGAUCAGCAGAGCACAGGAUCUGGCACUUCAUUUGGGCCCCAGAACCACCAUAGUCCAGCAGAAACCCAACCACACCAGCAGGACACUAUGGCAAGAAAACCAGAAGAGUCCUCAGAUAAUUCUUCAUUAAUCACACUAGAUCCCGGAAGACCAGAUCCUCUUCCCACUGAGCAACACCAGCCGCAGGGAAAGUCUGUGAUGGAAGAACAGGAAUCAGAAGCCUUAAAUCAACCAAGUCCAGGGAAACCACCGUCUGUUAAACCAGAGUCAACAGAACCAGAUCCUCCUGUGUGUACAUUUCCGAACAAACCAGGGGAUACUUGCCUACAACAUAAACAAAACCCAGACCUUUUUCAGGACCACCAGGAGUAUGAAAUCUGCAUCUUUGAUUCUGAAGACCAAUACAAUCGAGAUCCAUCUCCUUUUGAAGACCAACAGAACCAAGACUCAUUGCCUCCUGAAGACCAACAGAACCAAGACUCAUUGCCUCCUGAAGACCAACAGAACCAAGAUCCAUCGUCUUUUGAAGACCAACAAAAUCAAGAUUGUGUUCCUCUUAAAGACAAAAUAAAAACCCAUGAUUUGCCUUCUCCUGAAGAGCAACAGGACCCAUCUCCUCUUGAAGACCAGCAGAACCAAGACCCACUACCUCCUGAAGACCAACAGAACCGAGACCCAUCUCCUGAAAACCAGCAGAACCAAGAUUCACCACCUUCUGAAGACCAACAGACCCCUUCUUCUCAGGUUUUGUGUUCCAUGAACGGUGCAACUGAAGUGUCCCUGACUCCACCCACAGCCACAGCCACGCCCCUGACUCCUGAAGCCUUCUCUGACAAGGUGCAGCCUGUUCCUUGGCUUUCAUCUUCAGAUAAACCCAAACUGUGUGGCUUCCUGCAGAAGCAAGGGGGACCACUGCGGGUCUGGAAGCAGCGCUGGUUUACCUACGAGGAGAAGAAGAACCAGCUGUUCUACUACCGCACGCCACAGGACGUGAUGCCACUCGGCCGCGUGGAGCUCAGCAGCGCUACCUUCACCUACCCACUGAGGGCAGAGACCGGAACGUUCCACAUCAAGACACCAGAACGCACAUUCAUUCUCAAGGCUGUGACUGAGGAGCUGAUGCUCUAUUGGCUGCAGCAGCUGCAGGUGAAACGCUGGCAACACAGACAGAUGACUUCCUGUCCAGAGAUUCCGUCACUACCAUCACUCACCAACAGCAGCAGCAACAACAAUACAGACGACUUCCUACCGGCGUUGAAAAGUCCUCUGGGUUUGGUCGGCGAGGAAGCAGCAAAUGCAUCAUCACAACCAACUCUGCUCGCCAACAUGUCAAUCAAACAUCCCCUCAUCCAGCUGCAGAAUUCAGUCCACUUUCUUCGGAAGAGAUCGUCGCAUGAAUCCAGUCAGAGCGUUUUUCACGUAGAAACGCCAGCUGCCCCCAAAUCCAGCGCCUCCAGGACUCCUCUGGAAUCUCCGUCCCGUACUGUCCCACUGGCUGAUCCAGCGGUUGGCGGUGGGUCCCCAUCGUUGUCUGACAGUUGCAGCAGAAGAAUGAAGAACCGCAGUUCAUCUACGAUGCCAGUCCUCUGCAGAGACACACUGUCCUCAACCUCAGAGCAGAUGUCUCGUGUCCAGCAGGAGAAAGAGAUAUUGAUAGAAGAGGUCAAAGCUCAAAAGGAGCUGGUCUGGAUCCUCCACAAAGCCCUGGAGGCGUCUCAGCUGGAGAAACGAGCCUGUGCCGAGUUUUUGGCGGUGGAGGGCGAACAGAAACGCCUGGAGCUGCUGCGACACCGCGAGCGGCAGGCGGCUGAUUUACAACGUCGACUUGAGGAGGUGAAUAUGGAGGCGGAGCUUCUGAGGAGGAGUCUUGCUCAGAGAGAUGCUCUGGUGGCUGAGCUGCAGGAGCACAUCGAGAUGUUGACGGACAAAAACAACGCCAAGCAGGAGGUGAUCAUCAAGCUGUCUGAUCAGGUGACCGCUUGUUUGUCCAUUCCACCGCACUCGCCCUCAGGUGGGCUUCUGGACUCUGAGACUGUCAGACGCCUUCAGCAGGAGAAUGGGAACUUGAAGGAUGACAUUGAGGCGUAUAAAACCCAGAACAAAUUCCUGAAUUCAGAGAUUUAUCAGCUGACCAGACUGUGGCGGAAGAGCUCAGAGCAAGAGAAGUGUCUCAUGAUCAAGUGUGCAUACCUGGAGGCCAGGAACUGUCAGGGGGAGAGCCGUUACCUGGGUGUCCUCAGGAAGCUGCAAGAGACCAAGUCUCUGGAUCCAGUCCAGCUCCAGACCGUCCACAAGUUGAUUGAGGAAGCACUGAAAGGAGAGCUGAAGGAGAGCUUCAUAAAGCUGAACACAACCAGAGAUCACGAUGAAUAUGGAUUUAAAAUAGUCCCAGAUUACGAGAUUGAGGACAUGAAGCUGCUGGCAAAGAUCCAGGCAUUGGAGAUUCGCUCACACAACCUUCUGCAGCAGGACAGAAUGGAGCACCCCCUGCUGACGCGCUGGGCUCAGUAUUUGGCAGGAAGGUCACGUGAUGAACUGUGUCCGUCUCCAGAGCUUAAGACUCUGCUGCGCUGUGGCGUCCCGCAGGAAUACCGUCAGCGGGUGUGGAGCUUGGUGGUUCGAACCCGGACCAGAACCAUCAGAGACUGCCACCCACAGCACUACCAAGAGCUGUGUGACAGGAGUCAUGCAUGUCCUCACCCGGUGUCCAGACAGAUCCAGCUUGACCUUCACCGCACCCUCACAACCAAUCAGCACUUCUCGUCUCCCUCUAGUCCCGCCCUCCAGCAGCUGCGUCGCAUCUUAUUGGCCUUUUCCUGGCACAAUCCUGUGAUUGGCUACUGCCAGGGUCUCAACAGGUUAGCGGCGCUCGCUCUGCUUGUCCUCCAAAAUGAAGAGGAAUCUUUCUGGUGUCUCGUGGCUGUGGUCGAGUCCAUCAUGCCUCAGGACUAUUAUACCAAGAACCUGCUGUCCUCACAGGCGGACCAGCGGGUGUUGAAAGACUUCCUGGUGGACAAACUUCCUCGUCUCGCGUCUCACUUUGAUGAAUUCUCCAUCGAUGUCUCUCUCAUCACCUUUAACUGGUUUCUCGUGGUUUUUGUGGAAAAUCUCCCGAGUGACAUCCUGCUGCCACUGUGGGACGCUUUCCUGUACGAGGGCUCCAAGGUGAUGUUCAGGUACGCUCUGGCUCUGUUCAAAUACAAAGAGGACGACAUCCUGAAGAUCCACGACAGUGUUGAGAUCUAUCAGUAUCUGCGCUUCUUCACCAAGACCAUCUGUGACAGCAGGAGAUUGACCUCCAUCGCCUUCAACGACAUGAACCCGUUCCCCGGUCGACUCCUGAAGAACCGGAGAACUAUUCACCAGGAACGCCUGGAAGCGGAGCUUCGACAGCUGGAGGAGCAACAGAGGGAGUACGUGAGAUCUGGACAUAUUACCACGAUGACCUCUGACCCCGACACCAUGGUCAGCGAGGACGACGAUGACCUCUGACUUCACAAUAAACAUGAUUUAUCCUGUGACCUAUGACCUUUCCUACAUGUAUAAAAAACUAUUUCAUUAAAAUGUAUUUGUUUAAA